AUGGGAAUAUUUGAUAAGAUAAAAAGUAUUGAAAAAAUAAAUGAAGCUGAAUUAAAAAACAUUGGACAAAGUGAUAGUUCAUGGCAUGACCAAUAUAAAGAUUCUAGUUAUAUAUAUAUAGGUAAUUUAGAUAAUAGAUUAACAGAAGGGGAUGUUAUAAUAGUAUUUUCACAGUAUGGAGAACCAAUAGAUAUUAACUUAGUACGUGAUGAAGAAACAGGAAAAUCAAAAGGGUAUUGUUUUUUAUCAUAUGCAGAUCAAAGAAGCACAGUAUUAGCUGUUGAUAAUUUUAACGGCUAUAAACUUUUAGAUAGACCAUUAGUAGUUGAUCAUAUAUUGAAUUACAAAUUACCUAAUAAAUAUUCUAGUAAUGAGAAUGAAAAUGAAUACAAACCAACAGGUGCUGAAGGAAAAGGAAUAGGGGUGUAUAACGUAAUUGAAAGUGAAAUUAAUUUGUCAAAAGCUUUCGAAAAAAUAGACAAAAAAUGUAAUGAAGAGAAGAGAAGAAAAUUAUUAGAUGAAGAUGAAUUAUGGGCAUUAAAAUUCGAAGAAUCUAUAAAAGAUAAAUAUAGAAAUAUCAAAAAUGAAAAUAUAAAAAAAGAUGGAUUACAAAAUGAUAAUAUAAAUAAGGAUGAACCUAAUUAUAAUGAUUAUAUUAAAAAUGAGAGCUAUGAAUAUAAAAGAAAAAAACCCUCCAACAAAUACAUGGAGGAACAAAAUAUAAAAUUUGAUAUGAAAAUUCCCAGAAAAAAUUUAUAUAAUAGAGAAGACAAAAGUAAAGAAAACAAAAAAAAUUAUGAAUGUAAAAAUAAAAAUGAUCAUAUAAAAAAGGAAUUAGAUAAAAGUAUAUGUGUAUAUAAAAGAAAAAGUGAAAAAAAGGAAAAUAUUCAUAUAAAUAAAGAUAUAAGCAAAGAAAAAGAUAAAUAUAAAAGUAAAAACAUAAAAAAGAAUAGAAGUAAAGAUAGACACAAACAUAUAAGUAAAAAUAGAAGCAGGAGUAAAAGUAAAGAUAAAAGAAAACAUAAAAGUAAAGAUAAAAGAAAACAUAAAAGUAAAGAUAGAAGAAAACAUAAAAGUAAAGAUAGAGGAAGUAGUGAAAACAUAGUAGAAUAG